GAAAAACUAUCCCACAAAUUUCGUUUCCAAAGAAUUUUUAAACCAAGAAAAUUGGGUUCAAAAUUUUAUUUUUCUUUCGAUAAUUUUAGCUUAACGUCCCACAAGGAUUAUUUAUGAAUUUGGAGUUAUUUUCAUGAGCUAACCUACGUAUGUAUACAUUUCUGAAUUUGACCUGCUGCAAAAAAACAAACAUGUUUCCACAAAACGUUUGCUUGCAUUUUUGGAAACCCAUUUCCCCCAAAGAGCAAUAAUAUAUAACUAUUAAUAUCAUGGCCAGCAUUAAUUGCUCGAAACCCUGGCCACCUCUUUUAUAAUGAAUGUUUAAAACGGGGUAAAAUCAAUAUGAACGAACCAUCUCCAUGACAAUUUUAGUGGAAAAGUCACCACACAAAUUUCUCCUCCUCGACUAAACAACAAGUCAACUUUAUUUCCGUCUCAUCCUCUUUUCCAUGGAGUACACGAUUUUAGCGACAUCCUGCCCCCCAGGGGACGAGUGGGAGGUCCCCGUCCCUGCCACCUUCUGCCCAAAAUUAUCUCACCAGGCGACAAAUCGCGACAACAAGCCGGCCACCCUGCUCCUGGAUCCGGACGAUUUUACGAAUUUGGAAAAAUUCGAGGAAACUUUGAAAACCUGUGGAAACCUGGUUUCCGUCCAGAUCGGGGGAAAAUUGAGUGAACAAGGCAGCUCCCGAUUCGGGUGGGAUCACUAUGCCAAAAUUCUGCAGCUGGUGACCCAGUAUUGCGGGGGGAGGUUGGAAUGUUUCUGUCUCGCGGUUAAUAGGACGAGUGAAGUUUCGCAGGUCGAGGGAAAGCUCAAGAGGAGGAUGGAGAGUGAAAAGCGAGAAUAUCACCCCCAUUCUCAAAUUUGGGACGAUUUUGUGACCGCCGUGGCGCCCACGCUGCGUCACAUUUCUCUCCCCACGACCUCUUUCCCGUAUCACAUUCCGCGCUUCGCCUUCGAACGCCUCAUCCUCGAAGCGCCCAACUUGGAUCAAAUCGCGCUCGCAGCGGAACCUCCGAAAUGGUCGUCGCUGUACUUGAAUCGCGCCGAGCUGGGGGGAUACCACGCGAUCCGGAGGAAGGACCCGUUCACGUGUCUCAUCUCGGUGCAGAUCGGCUACGUCGACUUGGCGGACGGAUGGAUGUUCAACGAACUGAGACACUUUGUCCAUUUGCGAAAUUUGCAUCUGUACUUUGACCAGCUGCCCGUGGGGGAGGGGACGUUGGACCUGACCGGAUUCGACAAGCUGGUCUCCCUCGCCAUCACGCCGCACGAGCUGGGCGUCAUCUUCGACACGUGGAAAACCCUGGAGAGGAAUGAGACCCCGGUCGACCUCGAGUUCCCGGAGGCUUGCAAAAUUACAAAGUUGGACCUGCGCGGCCUAAUUAUGAAGGAUUCUUUCUGGACUGGAUUACACGAGAGGGUUCCCACCCUGAUGAAAUUUACUUAUUGCGUGGCCCACGCCCCGAUCAGCUUGAUCGAUCCGAAAUCCUUCACUCGACUCGAUUCUCUCCAAUUUCUAUCGCUCAAUGUUCCCAUAAAUUAUUGGAACGACGACGUCAUGACGCUCCUCUGGCAUACCGGCGGCCCCUUUCGCCUCCACCUCGCCAACGUGCAAGACUCCGAUGUCGCCGUGGUCGACGAACUCGUCAACCUCCGAAUUUUGGGAAGUUUCCAAAACUUGGAGUGGAUCGCGCACAAACGCGACAGAAUUUGGAUUGAGGUCGAAUUUGCGAAUUAUCAGCAGGAAGAUAUCCACGCGGAAGAAAGAGCUACAGUUUCGCAACAAAGCAAGAACUUCAAAAUCGAUUGGAAAAACGUUCAUGCCGAAAUCAACGCCGCGAAUGAGGCGGAAGAUGACGAAUAUGGCGAAAAGAAGGAACCACUACCGGCAAAAUGGGUGUUGAAGGCGGUCUAUAAAUGCGAUUAAUGUCAAAAUUUGUGUCAAAAUUUAAAGAAAAGAUGAAAUAAAUUUAGGUUAGAUUUGGA